GUGUGCUCAGAAACUCCAUCUGGACAAGCUCUUCCAUGAUAGCUUCGGUGCAUCGCCAGCGAUAACGAGACAACGGGCUCAUUGUAUUGCUGGCAGUCAAGCGCAACCAUUUCCAUCAUUGUUUGGUCGCCUGCCGACGGAUGCUCUCACGCAUACUCGAGACUCUCUCCUUCGAAAUCCGACGCUUACCUUCAAAGUCAGAUCCUUAAUCCUAGGAACGCGUUGGAAUUGACAGCGCCGCACAGUCUAUUGCAAGGCCCUAGUCAAACUGGCGGCAGCUGCACAGACCCUGCAUCUCGCGGCCCGUAGCCUCAAGAGGCCAACAAGGGAAGACGAACCACUCGACGCAUAAUAAGCCCUUUGACCAGACGAUUUCUUUGCGAUGUCAGGCCCGCGGACAAGAAAGCAGGCCGCCAGGGAGGCUGCCGCCGGCGAGCACGCGCCCACUUCCAACGGUGACAGCGGCGCGAAUGCCCAGGAGCUAUUGGUGAAGAAGGAUGAAUUCGUGGAGAAUGAAAACAUAUUCGCCUUUUGGCCAAAUAUAAUCGGCUACAUCCGGGUCGUGCUCGCGCUCAUCUCCCUCUACUACAUGCCACUGCACCCCCGGACCUGCACGUUGCUGUACAGCAUCUCAUGCCUCCUCGAUGCGCUGGACGGCUACUUGGCGCGGCUCUUUGAGCAGUCGACGCGCUUCGGCGCCGUCCUCGACAUGGUGACGGACCGUUGCACGACGGCGUGCAUGCUGGUGUUCCUGUCCUCGGCGUUUCCCCGCUGGGCCAUUGUGUUCCAGGGCCUUAUCUCGCUCGACUUUGCAAGCCACUACAUCCACAUGUACACAACGCUGGCGAUGGGAGGUUCGGGCCAAAGCCACAAGAAUGUUGACAGGUCGCGAAGCUGGAUUUUGAACCAGUACUACACGAACAAGGUCGUGCUUUUCGUUUUCUGUUUCCUAAACGAAGCUUUCUUCAUUGCUCUGUACCUCCUCUCGUUCUCGAGCCCGCUACUGUCGCCCACCUUGCUGGGACAGGUUCCUCCUGGCGCGGCCGAGGAGAUUCUCAAGGGCAACCGUGAGGUAGAUUCGUCUCUGUUGGGGCAAAUAUUCAAAAACCCCUACAGCGCUGGCGCUUUGGAGCUCGCGCGCGCGAACAAGAUGGACUCCACCAUCCCGUGGAUUGUUGCUAUCGUCAGCUUCCCCGUCAUGUUGGGCAAGCAGUUCAUCAACGUUGUACAAUUUAUCAAGGCCAGCAAAUGGCUGGCAGAGGGUGACUUGGAGGCCAGGAGGGCACAGGGUCUUCCGCGCCCCAAAAAGACGAUAUAAUGUUUUGUGAUAAGGUAGAUCGAGCUCGAUUCGCUUUUGUUGCGUCUGAGAGCAAGGACAACAAGAACACAUUUCAGGUGGAAACUAGAUUAUGUACACUCUAGGAUGGGCUGACAUGAUUUGGAUGGGGUUUCCACAACAUAGAUACUCAAGAGUCUGGAGGGAGCGUUUGAAGGGGGUUGAGGUAAAAGGUACCGGUUACUAGGGCACAUUCGUCCGCUUGCCUGGCGAGUAUGGAGAUGGCAGAAAGCAUCUAUUACAAUGUAUUGAGUGAGCAUUUCAAAAGCCUUGCACGGUAGUUUUAGGUUUUGAACAAGUGGGGAAUGAGAGCAUCAAAGUGCCGGUUCGGCUGACACCAGCGAUACCUGGUGAUAUUGAUAGAACAGACUAGGGCGUUGCUUCCCCACAGCCGAUAUUUGGCGUCUAAUAUACAUGGUACUAUA